AUGUUCCUGGCAUGCUACUUGCUGACGCCGGCAGACCCGAAGAAGCACAUGCGGAUGUCGUACAUUGGCUUUACCGUAAGCCCCAAGCGUCGGAUUCGACAACACAAUGGCGAGUUGGUCCAGGGGGCCAAGAAAACGUUCAAGCAUCGGCCGUGGGAAAUGCUGUUGGUUGUGUACGGCUUUCCCACCAAAGAGCUGGCGUUGCAAUUUGAAUGGGUCUGGCAGCAUCCAUACAACAGCAGGUUCACAAAACCAACGAUGGGCCACCUCAAGACCGACAAAUCUCUGGGUCCGAUGCGGUCGAUCCAGCGAAAAGUCAGGGAAUUGCAUCUCGUGCUCAACUUGGCACCGUGGUCCGACCUGUCCUUGACGUUGUCGUAUACUUCCCACGACAUGUUGGAAUGGAGUCGCACGCUCAAUGCAUUCCGCCUGCCUCCCGUCAUGCGAACCGUGUGCUCGCCGCUCGACGACUUGCCUACCACAACGUCCGACGACGACGCCGACGAUGAUGCCGCCAUCAAGUGCGAUGAAUGCUCCCAACCGAUAGCCUGUCGGGAUGAGCCCAUGCUGCACUGCUACGUCAACUCGUGCGCCAUGAAGUGCCAUGUCGCAUGUCUAUCGAAACGAUUCCAAGCCCAUCAUGAGAACUUGGCGUUUGUGCCGCAAGUGGGCACGUGUCCGCUGUGUCUGAACGAGUUGACCUGGUCCAGACUGUUGACCGAAGCCAUCAAUCCAGUCCAUUCCAAAUCCCAUGGACACACAGUAACACCGUCGUCGUCCACGCAACAGAAGAAGCCGCGACGACAACAACUGCCGCCGACGCCAUCAUCCUCACCCUCCUCGUCCUCCUCUCGCAGCAUAAUGCAGGUGGAACUUGCUCAGAGGCGGCGGCGGCGGCGGCGACUGGGCGAACAGGAACCCCUCGAUCGACAAGACGACGACGACAUGGCGACGACCACGGAUAUGGCCAGACUGUCGGACGACCGACAAAGGUUGACCGUCAACACAUCGUCGUGUGCCUUGUCGCCCCCGUCGUUGGAGCAAUUGCUGCCGAGCCCAGCUGGACGACGUCGAGAGGAACUGUACCAGACCCAGCCAGUGAUCUUCCCUGGCUCCCCGAUCUGGCACGAUGGCCCCACGACGAAUGACGAAGGAUAUGACGCCGUCCGUCGUCGAGGCGGGCGACCUCGAUUCUCCCGUAUACAAUCGCAGUCGUCCAAGCAGCACACCGGUCGCGUGUCGGGGCCACAACAACACUCGAUGACAGAGCUCAAGGGCGAUGAUGAGUGGGAGUGUGUGGUUGUGUUUGGUCUUGUGGGGGUACUCUGGGUCGUGGGCGUGUGCCUAUCGCUGUUCCUGGUGCGUUUUCCAGUUCACGUAUACACGGCGCAAGCCAUUUUGAUCGUACUGGGGCCGCUCAUGCCGCUGUAUUGGUUGGUGCGUCAGUUGUUUCAAUGUGCCAGCCACAUGCGGCCAAAGAUCGACGACAACAAUGAUGACGAUAUGUAG